GGCACACGAUUGGAAUCAGCAGUGUGACUUUGCAAUUUAAAGUUUAGGAUUUACAUGGAAGCCAUUUACAUUAUAUUCGAAUUUUUGGGGCGUGUUGAAUGUGACCCGACAGAGAUCAGUAUCACCACUUGGCGGCGCUGCCAACCUGUUUUUUUUAGUUUUCUUUACCGCCAGUGUAAUGAAACGUGAAUCUGAAAUAUUUCUUUACAGAGUAAUAAAUGCAACGUAUUGAUGUAUGUAAUGUGUGAGACACAAACGAAAUAAAUUUGAAGAAAAAGUAUGGAGCUUGUUUCCUGGUUGAUGCUAUUAGGAACAUUAUAAUCAAGUCAAUAAUUGAUGAAUGCACGCAUUUAUAGCCAUUAAAAAAAUCACUGUAAUAUGGGCGUGAAUUCAGCACGAGCGUGACGUCACAGCCAAAACGUGGCACCAGAAUGACGGAACAGCUCACGGUUUCUGUUGAACUAUCUAUUGAACAUCUUUGCCGCUCUCCAGCGAAUUCGGUGCACCCAACCGCAGCCAUAUGAGCAAACGGGUCUCCUCGCGCAAAAUUGGAGAAUUGUCUUAGUUUUUGGCAAAGCGCGUGCUCGUAUAUGCAGCUGGAUGCGAAGAGCAGCUCAAAAGGCUUUCCAGCAGAGUUGGCGAGUUCCGCGGCGGAGGGGUCCAUUAAGAGCGGUACCGGUUCGACUGAGCUCUGCACUUUUGGGCUGGACGCAACACGCACACGCAUCUGAGUCAGCAGCAAGGCGCGCGCGUGCACUCAUCGGCGUAAAUGGAAAGCUUUUACGCGCCGCCUGUCGUGCACGCGCUCCUUAAGUGUUGUCUGUGGGUGUGGGUGGGGGGUGGUGGGGGGAUGUGGACCUGGAUGAGAGCAUCAGAAGCUCCUGGGCGAUCACACGGAUGGAGAACCUCUGAGGUUUGCCUCCUUGCGAGCUGCAGGAAAUUCCACAAAAAAACACCCAGGACGACUUUUUUUCCUUUUUGUUUCUUUUGGGCCACAAACAUGGCCGUCAACACUGAGAGCAGCGCGGUGUUGGUCCAGAGGGAUCCGUCCGGCACGGGAGACUUCCACGACACUGAGAAGCUGCUGAGCGCCGCUGCGGUCGCCGCUGCCGAGCGGUCGGGCGGCGGCGGCGCGUGUGACGGGCCAGACCUGCGUGGCAGUAUCCGCUCGCUGAACGCCGAGCAGAACGGCCACCGCUCGCCGCUCAAGUCCGGCUCGGUGGGCCAUCUGACGGCCACGCCCAGGUCAUUGUCACGCCUCAGCCUGGCGUCCGGUGGGCCGCCGGGCGCCGCGCCGCCCAGCUACUUGUGGCUGGCCGUCCUCUCCUGUCUCUGCCCCGGCGUGCCGCUCAAUGUGUGCGCGCUGUGGUACGCCAGCGUGUCUCGCUCAGUGCUGAACAACGGUGACGUGGAAGCAGCGCGGAGGUACGGCCGCGUAUCUUUGCUGCUCAGCCUCCUCGCCAUGCUGCUGGGUGUGGCCGUCAUCGUCUUCAUCGUCUUCACCAUCGAGCUCCAGCAGUGAGCAAGAGCGGCGUCCUGAGCUCCUCACACCAGGGAGGAGGAGGAGGACGGGAUGGAAAAGCACAAACGCAAGAAGAAGAAGAGAUGUAAUGGAAGACAAGCCAUGACAUCAGUCUGGUACUGCUUGACCCUGAAGGUCAGAAACAGAGGAAGGAGGGGCUUGAGACGCACACGCAGUGUCCCCCUUGUCGAGGAGGUUGUGCUGCUGGCUUCCCACUGAACAUUUUCCAGGAGCUCAAAAUACUUCAGUUCCUGCGACCCCCCCCAACCCCCUUUUGAGACUUUUGAGCGCCCGCCCGUGUCUCUGGUGUUGCCGUGUACUUUGUAUGUUUCUACUGUAUGACUGACAGGCUCGUUUGUUUGCAUGUGUCAAAUAAACCGGAAUGAGCAUGUACCGCCA